CUCUCCCCUCUCCUCCCCCCCCCCUUGAAGAUGGAUGCCUCCUUUUGCCCGACCAAAGGUAGUUUUUGGCAGCUGCUGUGGCUCUGGAGCCUCUGGGGGGACUACCUGCUCUCCGCCUGGGGAUGCCCGGCCAACUGCCUCUGCAACAAGACCGAGAUCCACUGCAAGAAGCCCGACGAUGGCAACCUCUUCCCGCUGCUGGAAGGGCAGGACUCCGGCACCACCAACGGCAACGCCAGCAUCAACAUCACCGACAUCUCCAGGAACAUCACCGCCAUACACAUAGAGUAUUGGAGAAAUUUGCAGACCUUGCAUGCCGUAGACAUGGAGCUGUACACAGGACUCCAGAGACUGACAAUCAAGAACUCAGGGCUCCGAAGCAUCCAGCCACGGGCAUUUGACAAGAACCCUCACCUGCGCUACAUAAACCUGUCUGGGAACCGCCUGACUACUUUAUCAUGGCUCCUCUUCAAGACGCUGAGACUUAUUGAACUGAGGUUAGAACGAAAUAUUUUCAACUGCAGCUGCGAUAUCCGUUGGAUCCAGCUGUGGCAGGAGAAAGGUGAAGCAAAUUUGCAGUACCAGGACCUGCGUUGCACAAGCAUGGAGACCAACCGUAUAUCUAUUCAGGAGAUGAAUAUCAGCCAGUGCGAUCUUCCUGAAAUAAGUGUCAGCCAUGUCAAUCUAACCGUGUGUGAAGGUGAAAAUGCUGUUAUCACCUGCAAUGGUUCGGGAUCACCUUUGCCUGAUGUUGACUGGAUGGUGGUCAAUCUGCGCUCUAUCAACACUCAUCAGACAAACGCCAACUGGACUAAUGUUCAUUCCAUCAAUUUGACGUUGGUGAAUGUCACAAGUGAGGACAAUGGGUUCCUGCUCACAUGUAUUGCUGAGAACGUGGUGGGAAUGUCGAACGCCAGCGUGCUUCUCACUGUCUAUUAUCCUCCCCGUAUCAUCAGUUUGUUGGAGCCCAUCCGGCACAUGGAGCACUGCAUUGAAUUUUCGGUGCAUGGGAACCCCCCACCCCUAAUCCAUUGGCUUUACAAUGGCCAGGUUCUCAGAUUGACGGAGUUCAUACGAAUGGACCUCUUCCAGGAAGGGGAAGUCUCCGAUGGCUGUUUGCUCUUCAACCAUCCAACGCACUACAACAAUGGCAACUACACCAUCGUGGCCACCAACUAUCUGGGGACAGCCAACCAGACUGUCAGAGGACACUUCCUGGAGAAACCCUUUCCAAGUAUUUCCGAUGGAAUUGUGACAUUCGAGUAUAGUCCAAGUCCCAGCCCUCUUAUCACAGUGACACAUAAGCCAGAGGAAGACACGUUUGGGGUAUCCAUAGCUGUUGGACUUGCGGCCUUUGCCUGUGUCCUCCUGGUGAUCCUCUUCAUUAUGAUCAACAAAUAUGGUCGGCGAUCAAAAUUUGGAAUGAAAGGUCCAGUGGCUGUAAUCAGUGGAGAAGAAGAUUCUGCUAGCCCUCUCCAUCAUAUCAAUCAUGGUAUCACCACACCUUCGUCAUUGGACGCUGGCCCAGACACGGUAGUGAUAGGCAUGACCCGGAUUCCUGUCAUCGAGAACCCACAGUACUUCCGACAAGGACACAAUUGCCACAAACCGGACACAUAUGUACAACAUAUUAAAAGAAGAGAUAUCAUCCUGAAGAGAGAGCUUGGGGAAGGUGCUUUCGGGAAGGUCUUCCUAGCUGAGUGCUACAACCUCAGCCCCACCAAGGACAAGAUGCUAGUGGCUGUGAAGGCUCUGACGGACCCAACUGGCGGCACGGAGGAUUUUCAGAGGGAAGCAGAACUGCUAACCAACCUACAGCAUGAUCACAUUGUGAAGUUCUACGGUGUCUGUGGUGAGAGAUCCUCUCAUAAGGUCUUUGAGUACAUGAAGCAUGGGGACCUGAACAAGUUCUACAGGGCUCAUGGCCCAGAUGCAAUGAUCCUUGUGGAUGGGCAGCCCCGGCAGGCCAAGGGCGAGCUGGGCCUUUCUCAGAUGCUCCACAUUGCUAGCCAGAUAGCUUCGGGAAUGGUUUACCUGGUCCAACACUUUGUACAAGAGACCUGGCCACAAGGAAACUGCUUGGUUGGAGUUAACCUUCUGGUGAAGAUUGGUGACUUUGGGAUGUCCAGACGUCUAUAGCCCGAUUACUACAGGGAAGUGCCGCAUCCGAAGGGCUAUUUCAGCACAACGUGGCAGCACCAGAGACUAGCAGCAAUGGCAGCUACAACAGUUGGAGGGCACACCAUGCUUCCCAUCCGUUGGAUGCCCCCUGAAAGCAUCAUGUACCGGAAAUUUACAACAGAGAGUGAUGUCUGGAGUUUUGGGGUGAUCCUCUGGGAGAUCUUCACUUACGGGAAACAGCCUUGGUUCCAACUCUCAAACACAGAGGUCAUUGAGUGCAUCACCCAAGGCCGCGUCUUAGAGAGACCUCGAGUCUGUCCCAAGGAAGUUUAUGAUAUCAUGCUGGGCUGCUGGCAGAGGGAACCUCAACAGCGUCUGAACAUCAAGGAAAUCUACAAGAUCCUUCAUGCUCUGGGCAAAGCGACACCAAUCUACCUGGACAUCCUUGGCUAGGCUGCAGCCACUUUUCAGAGAGAGCUGCUGUGUCCUUCUUCUCCCUUUCCCUACCUCUCCCUUGACCUCAAGCCAACAUAUUCAUAUAAACUCAAGUGCCUGCUACACAUACAACACUGAAAAAAAAGAAAGAAAGAGAGACAAUAAAACAUGCAAGGCCCCCCAACAACCAAGCUGUAAAAUGAUUUGGAUUAUAUAUAGCUAGAAAUAAUGUAGAGAGAGAUAUACACCCGUCCAGCAACUGGCUGCUGUUCCAGAACAUGUAAAACAGAAAAGGAAAAAAAGAUGAAAGAGAGAGAGAGAGAGAAAGCAAAAAAAUGCUCUACAGUAUUAAAGAGAGAACUAGGAAAACAGAAUAUUUAACUCAAGGUGUGGAAGUGACUGUGAAUCCUUUUACGUUGUUUUGCUUCUAACUGCUGGUUAGAACUCAGCUCACUUGGGAAAGCUGAAAGAUAAUCCUGCAAGAGGAGGCAAAGCUGGAGAGGCUGUGCCUGAUCUGGAGCUGCACUGCGGGGAAUCAGUCCCUUGGCACAGAACUGGGGGGAAAAACACUGGGAUUUGAUCCGGGGUGAUCCUCCCCUGUCCCUACUCCUGGAGAAAUGUCCCUUGCCGAUCUCACCCAAGUUCCUUCUCUUGCCUUCUUGUUCCUCCCACCCAGCGCACCACCAGUUUUCUGAUUCUCUCACAUGUGUGGAUUCUACCCUUUUGGAAUAUUUACAGUUCAAAAGGUUUGCAUCACCUACGGGUAAACGAACAUGUACCAGAAAACAAUCAAUUGACACAAGAAUCCCUCUCUUUUAUUUUUCUUGGUAUCCUUUUUUUAAAAAACUGUCCUGGGAAUGGUGCUGAGGAGCCAAACAACUGUCUACAAGAGCCAUACGAGGAAAAGGUUGUGAGGAGGACAUCUGGGACACAACGCAUCUCUCCCACCCCUGACUUUGCUAUUGGAAUAAUCUUCCACAUGCACGCACAGAUCUAGCUCAGUACAGCGGUUGGUCCCAAACAUGGUGGCUUGGAAGCUAUGGUCUCAAUGGCGGUGGACAGCGGAUAUAAAAAUCACACCAGUCUUUUGCAUAUCUAUACAAACACACACAAUCACACAGGCCAAAUUUGUUCCUUUACUUAAAACUGUUUAUGAUAAUUUAUAUCAUACUGUUUUUUCUUGUACAAAAAAUACUUUACAAUCUCGAAUCCAGCCUCCCAUCAGUAUUGCCUGGUAGGUAAUAGGGAAUGUUAUGGACAUGUUGUGGGAAGGGUGGUUUAGGGCCAAGACAGAGAAGGAGACUGAGAGAGAAAAUAGAGCAUAGAAAGCCACACAGUGAAUUAGUGGUGAAGCACAAAAGUUGGAUACAAAUAUGCCACAGUCGAUGACCCAUGAUUGUGCCCCAAACAAGGCUGGCCCUGGCUGAUGCAGA